AUGGAGCACCAAAGAGAACGACAAACAAUCACCGUUGAAUCUCGGGAAGUAGAUCUAGAGCUUCAAAAGUUGUGGGAUGAGGCUCAGAACGAAUUCCAUAAAAACACAAACAGAAAACUAGCAUCAAUCCCUCCGAGAAAGAUCGAGGAUGUUUUGGCACAGCUUAAGGAUAAAUUCCAGCCCGAGGACGAGUUACAACCCAGUACCAAGCAUAAGAUCAAAGAUGCUAUUGAAAAGAUUUUAAAAUGUAUUCAACUCAUCGGCGGUGUAGCCGCAGAAGCUGCAUCCACUGUCGCUGAAAUCUAUGAAGGCUUGGGAAACUUGUUCGAAGAAAUGACCCAUGCCAUGGCCCUUUUGAAUAUUUACGGGAGCUUGAAGAAGCUCGAUCGAGAACUGAGAGAUGGCAUCCACAAAAUUAUGGUCUCAAUAGUGAGAAUUUGUGGUCUAUCUAUCAAUAUCAUCGAUGGUGGGAAAAGAGCUAAGUUUAAGACUAUAUUCAAAGUCACCUUCUUGGGAGAUGACUCGGGCAUCAAGGAUGAAUUGAGCAAUUUCAAAAUUUGA